CGCCUACACAUGUGACUGAUCACAUGAUCAUUGCAUCAUCAAAGGUCCUUUCCUCACUGGGCUCUUGUAUCUAUUGAUGUUCAUUAAGCGAGACAUUUUCCUGACUAUCCUUUUAAGAAUGGACAAGGACAGAAAACAUAUGGCUGAGAGAAUAUUAAGCCUCACCCUAGAGAUCAUCUACCUGCUGACUGGAGAGGAUUACAUAGUAAUGCAGAAGAUGACUGUGGAGGGUGACAUAAGGAGCAGGAAUAGGGUCCCUGUAAUGCUGCCUCCACCUCAAUCAGGGAUGAAUGAGAGGAACAAUGAGCAGAAGAUCCUAGACCUCACCAACAAGAUCAUUGACCUUCUGACUGGAGAGGUUCCUAUAAGAUAUCAAGAUGUCACCGUCUAUUUCUCCAUGGAGGAGUGGGAGUAUUUAGAAGGACACAAGGAUCAGUAUGAGGACAUUAUGGAGAAUCACCAGACUUUCAUAUCACCAGCUGAAACCAGUAAAAAAGAAACAUUAGAAAGAUGUCCCAGUCCUCCAUAUUCCAAGGAUUAUCCACAGGAAAAUCUGAAUAUCCUACAGGAUGAGGUUACAAACGUGAGCGAUAUAAAAACUGAAGACAUAUUAAAAGAAGAUGAGACAUAUGCUGCUGUGACCCAGCUAUGUAAGGAGAAAGAAAUUCCUACAGAUAACAGCAUUGAUGACUGUACCAACACCACUUUGGAAAAUGUGUUAUCUCCUGAUUAUGAAGUAAACUACAACAGUAUCACAGAUGACAAUCAUGGAGAACAUUCUGCAGCACUUCUUACCACAAAUAUACCUUCAGUUCUUCACAGCAGAGAUCUAUUAACUGAUUCCACUAAUCACAAGGAACCUUCAUUUGUUCAACCACCGAUUGUUAACCACAGUACUGGAGAUUCAGGGGGUAAAUUAUUUCCACAUUCUGAAUGUGGGAAACAUUUUAAAAAUAAAUCUAAUCUUUCUGUUCAUGAACGAAUUCACAGAGAUGAGAAUUCAUGUUCAGAAUGUGGGAAGCAUUUUAAAAAUAAAUAUAAUCUUUCUAUGCAUCAAAGAAUUCACAGAGAUGACAGACCAUUUUCUUGUGCAGAAUGUGGGAAAAGGUUUCGCCAGAAAUCAGUUCUUUUUAAACAUCAAAGAAGGCACCGUGGGGAGGAGCCAUUUUCAUGUCCAGAAUGCGAUAAAGGUUUUCACCAGAAAUCAGAUCUUGUUGUACAUCAAAGAAUUCACACAGGAGAGAAACCUUUUAAAUGUUCUGAAUGUGGGAAAUGUUUUAUGCAAAAAUCAAGUCUUCUUAUGCAUCAGAAAAUUCAUACAGGGGAGAAACCAUUUUCAUGUUCAGAAUGUGGGAAAUGUUUUAGACAGAAAUCAGAUCUCAUUGUACAUCAAAGACGGCACAGAAAGGAGGAGAGAUUUUCAUGCUCAGAAUGUGAGAAAGGUUUUCAACAAAAAUCUGAUCUCAUUGUACACCAAAGAACUCAUACAGGGGAGAAACCAUACUUCUGUUCUGAAUGUGAAAAAUGUUUUACCCAGAUAUCAGCCCUUCUUGCACAUCAGAGAACUCAUACAGGGGAGAAGCCGUAUUUAUGUUCUGAAUGUGGAAAGCGCUUUGCAACAAAAUUGUGUGUUAUAGAACAUCAGAGGACUCACACAGGGGAAAAACCAUAUGCAUGUCCGGAAUGUGUAAAAUGCUUUAGCCACAAGUCAAGUCUUGUUAAACAUCGGGAAAUCCAUACAGGGGAGAAGCCAUUUUCAUGUUCAGAAUGUGAGAAAUGUUUUAUAAAGAAAUCAAGUCUUAUUAGACAUCAGAAGUGUCACACAGGGGAGAAGCCAUUUCCAUGUUCUGAAUGUGGGAAAUGCUUCACACAAAAAUCAAGUCUUAAUGAACAUCGGAGAAUUCACACAGGAGAGAAACCAUAUUCAUGUUCACAAUGUGAGAAAUGUUUUAGUUACAAGUCGGAUCUGGUUAAACACAAGAGAACUCACACAAAGGAGAAGCCAUAUUCAUGUCCAGAAUGUGGGAAAUGUUUUAGCCAAAAGUCUAAUGUUGUUAAACAUCAGCUAAUCCAUACAGGAGAGAAACCAUAUUCAUGUUCAGAAUGUGGGAAAUGUUAUAACCGUAGAUCAAAUCUUGCUCAUCAUAUGAAGAAAUGCCAUUUCACUGUUCAGACUGUAGCUAUGGUUUUACCUCCGAUGUACCCCUCCAACAUUCAGUCCCAAGUAACACACAUCACUCGCCUUUCUUCAGCCCUCCAACAUUCAGUCCCAAGUAAAACACAUCACUCACCUUUCUUCAGCCCUCCAACAUUCAGUCCCAAACCUCCCGAGAGGCCGUACACUCUAGGCUUUACUGCACUGAUAGGUAUUCUCCUAACUGAUCUACUAAGAAUGGACAAGGACAGAAAACAGAUGGCUGAGAGAAUAUUAAACUUCACCCUAGAGAUCAUUUACCUGCUGACUGGAGAGGAUUAUAUAGUAGUGAAGAAUGUAACCGAAGAGGGAGAAGAAUGGAGCAGGAACCAGGAUCCUAUCAUGAUGUCUCCACCUCAUUCACUGACACAUGAGAGAGACAACUAUCAGGAGAUCCUGGACCUCACCAACAAGAUCACAGAGCUGCUGACUGGAGAGGUUCCUUUAAGGUGUCAGGAUGUGACUGUCUAUUUGUCCAUGGAGGAGUGGGAGUAUAUAGAAGGCCAUAAGGAUCAGUAUAAGGACAUUAUUUUGGACAAAUACCAGACUCUCUCAUCACCAGAUGAAUCCAGUAAGAAAGAAUCGCUGGAAAGAUGUUCCAAGAAUUAUUUAAAGGAAAAUCAUAAUAUCUUGCAGGAUCAUCAGGUGAAUGACCUAAAAUAUGGAGACCUGACAGAAAAAGAAGAGACUUAUGUGAGUGUGUCCCAGCUAUGUAAGGAGAAGGACAUUCCUACAGAUAUCAGCCCUGGUGUGUUUUGUGCAGAUGAAUCCGGUAAGGGAGAAACAUCAAAGGGAUGUCCCAGUCCUCGAUAUUCCGAGUAUUAUCCAGAGAAAAAUCGAAAUGCCUUGCUGGAUCAUCAGGUUACAGCAGUGAGUGAUAUAAAAGUUGAAGAUAUAACAGAAGAAGAGACAUCUUCUGGAGUAACCCAGUUUUAUAAGAAAGAGAACAUUCUUAUAGAUGUCAGAAGUGAUGACUACUCUAAAGACAUUUUGGGAAAUGUCCUUUUAUCUCCAGAUUACAAAGUAAGAUAUAACGAUAUCACAGAAGAUAAUCAUGGCGAACAUUACUCAACACUUCUUACCACAAAUAUAUCUUUGGGUCUUCACAGCAGAGAUCUAUCAACUGAUCCCAUUAAUCACAAGGAACCUUCUUCUGGUCAAUCACAGAUUGUUAAACAAAGUACAGGAGAUAAAGGGAGUAAAAUAUUUCCAUGUUCUGAAUGUGGGAAACAGUUUAAAAAGAAAUCUAUUCUCUCUAUGCAUGAAAAAAUUCACAAAGAUGAAAGACCAUUUUCAUGUCCAGAAUGUGGGAAAAAUUUUAAAAGGAAAUCAAGUGUUAUUGAACAUCAGAAAACUCACAAGGAUGAAAGACCAUUUCCAUGUACAGAAUGUGGGAAAGUUUUUAAAAAGAAAUCCAUUCUUUCUAUGCACAAGAGAAUUCACAGAGAUGAGAGGCCAUUUUCAUGUUCAGAAUGUGAUAGAAGCUUUCAACACAGAUCAGAUCUUAUUAUACAUCAAAGAUCUCACACAGGGGAGAAGCCAUAUUCAUGUUCUGAAUGUGGAAAAUGUUUCCGCCAAAGAGCAUACCUUGUUACACAUCAGUGGACCCACAGAACUGAGAAGCCACAUUCAUGUUCCGAAUGUGGAAAAUGUUUUAUGCAGAAAUCUAUUCUUCUUCUCCAUCAGAGAAUUCACACAGGGGAGAAGCCAUAUUCAUGUUCAGAAUGUGGGAAGGGUUUUAUGCAGAAAUCAGCCCUUGUUAUGCAUCAGAGAAUUCACACAGGGGAAAAGCCAUUUUCAUGUUUAGAAUGUGGAAAAUGUUUCCGCUAUAAAUCAGAUCUACUUGUACAUGAAAGAAGGCACAGAAAGGAGGAGCCAUUUUCAUGUCCAGAAUGUAACAAGGGUUUUCAACAGAAAUCAGACCUAAUUGUACAUCAAAGAACUCACACAGGUGAGAAACCAUAUUCAUGCUCUGAAUGUGGUAAAUGCUUUGCCCAGAGAUUUUCCCUUUUAGCACAUCAGAGAACGCACACCGGAGAGAAACCAUUUUUAUGUUCUGAAUGUGGAAAAUGUUUUAUGAAGAAAUCUGUCCUUGUUAUACAUCAGAAAAUUCACACAGGGGAAAAGCCAUUUUCAUGUUCAGAAUGUGGGAAAUUUUUUCUUCACAAAUCAUACCUUAUUAUACAUCAAAAAAGGCAUAGAAGGGAGCAGCCAUUUUCAUGUCCAGAAUGUGAUAGAGCUUUUCUACAGAAAUCAGCUCUUGUUCUACAUCACAGAACUCACACAGGGGAGAAGCCAUAUUCAUGUUCUGAAUGUGGGAAAUGUUUUACCCAAAAAUCAACCCUUGUUAGACAUAACCUAAUCCAUACAGGGGAGAAGCCAUUUUCUUGUUCAGAAUGUGGGAAAUGUUUUAGUCAUAGAUCAGCAGUUGCUCAGCAUAAGAAGCGAAGCCAUUUUCAGACUGUAACAAAUGUUUUACCUCAGACCUAGUGCUGUAUGGAAAUCAUUUCACAAGCUUAGCACAAUCCUAAGCUUCAAUCUACUGUGUCUUCUGGCAAUGAUUCUAUCCUUUUUUUCUGCCUAUAGGUGGUGCACAAGACAAUGAUGUGGUAGUUAUCAAAAGACUGACCUAAAUAAUAAAUGUGCAUGUGCCUAAAAUCUGUCUAAAAACUGGUGCAAUGAGGGUUUCUACAACUUUUUCCAACUUGAUUGAAUGUAGGUGGGGCUUCAAUGGAAAGGGGCAGUCCUAAGAUGUGAUAUUUUGUGCCAAAUUUGCACUAUAAUUCUGGCAUAAAGUUCUGUCUCAAAGCAAACCAACAGUUAGUAAAGAGUUGGACAAAAGUGUCUGGCCAUCCACCACAUUUAGACAGCCUGUCUGUGUUUAGACUCACCGAUAUUUUCUCAGUGGAUCCCCUGCUGUGUCCGAUAACUAACCUAACAUUUCAUCAUUAGAUCUCUUCCUACCAAUGGCCACAUCUUCCAAGCAGUACUUCACAAUAGCAGCAAUAAAUAGCUAUUCUGUUCUCUCUUCUUUGGGGUGUGAAACUGUAAAGCCUCAUUCCCACGUCAGUGUUCGGUCAGUGAUUUCCAUCAGUGAUUGUGACCCAAAAUUAGGUGUGGAGCCUCCAGAGACAUAAGGUAUAAGGGAAAACAUCUGCACCUGCUCUGUGUUUAGAGCCACAACCACUGAUGGAAAUCACUGACCAAACACUGACUGUGUGAAUGAGGCAUAAGAGACCUACCUCUGCACGUGGGGACAAGAACUGCAUGCACUUUACUUCCUUGAAAUGUCACUGCUGUUUUUCAUCAUAAUGCAACCUCAUCAAUUUCUAUAACUUGUCUUAACCCUUUUGGAUUCCAGAGCACAUUUCUUGGAUUUUCAGUACCAUCAUAGGUUAUGCAUACUGGCCAUGAAAGACUAUUAAAGGGGUUGUCCAAGUUAUGAAAAAAAUA